AUGUUUAUUGAUAUGUCAGGCUGAUUAUUUGAUUGGUGUUAUCAGCUUCGAUUUUGAUAACUAAAGUCAAAGGCUUUUCUCACCAAUGAAUUAACACACACCCUUGUGGGUGUGUGUGUGUAUGCGUGUGAUUCAACGGUGAGAAACCCAGCGCACACACUGCACAUACCUUCAGGAUCGAAUCUUCUGACUGUCUGGCAUAAAAGUGACUAUUUUCACACAGAUAUUUUUACUAAUUUUUUAUACCUAGCCAUUUCUUAAAGAAAAUGAUGAGUAAAAAAAGAUAGAAAUCUUAUAAUCAAUUAAAAAUUUCGAAACGGGACGUCGUAUUUUUGGACUCAAGGCCGAUAAUAUCUGAAAACGAUUCAGGUCGGUCUCUGAAUGCUUACGCUAUACUACUGUGUCGACAAUUAUCAUUUGUUUGUAUAACUUGUAAAUUUAAAUUUGGUUCAUCGGUAACUUGUGUUAUGUUUGCCCAAGAUAGCCUAAUAUGGUUCCUAUUAAUUAAUAAUUUAUUUUUUCUUCUCUGAUGCAUCCAAAGAUUCAAGAUGGCUUCGUUACAAGGUCCGGUGAUUUGCCCUGUGGUCCAUGCUAGACAAAACCAAGUGCACUCUGUGCCUUUCGAUUCACCCUUUCUGAAAGCUAAGUUUGUUAGAAAUGGAUUAUGGGGUCUUAAACGGCUCAAUGUAGGCCACACUAAUCAUGUGGGCUACCGAAAAAACUCGAGGAAAUGCAAUAUGAUUAGAAAUAGCUUCAGCUCGUCAUCAGAUGGUAAUGGCAGCAUGGCUGGAAAUUCCAAUGAGAAUGAUUCAGAUUACGUGAACUCAAGCGUGGUUGAAGCUGUUGAGGUGAAAAGUGGGCCAGAAGGUUUCAUGAUCAAGAUGAGAGAUGGUAAGUAUUUGAGAUGUGCCCAUAAUAACCCUCUAGGAGGUCGUCUACCGGAUUAUGCUCCUCACCCUGCUAUUGUGUUGAAGAUGGAAGAUGGGUCUGGGAUUCUUUUGCCAAUAAUUGUUUUGGAGAUGCCGAGCGUGCUUCUUAUGGCUGCUCUACGCAAUGUCCAAAUCGCUAGACCAACAAUGUAUCAAGUGGUGAAUGAUAUGGUUGAGAAGAUGGGAUACACAGUUAAACUUGUACGAGUCACCAAAAGGGUACAAGAGGCUUAUUUUGCUGAGUUGCACCUUACGAAGUUGGAUGAUGAAGCAGAGAGCAUAUGCUUGGAUCUUCGACCCUCAGAUGCUAUUAAUAUUGCAGUGAGAUGCAAGGUGCCAAUACAAGUGAACAAGUUCCUGGCAUACAGUGAUGGUAUGACGGUUAUUGAAUCUCCAAAUGCGACAACUCACAGAAUCUUGUCCGAUGGCCUGUUGUUUGCUGAACUGGACAGGCCUACCGGGCAGCCGUGCAUUCAGACAAAGGAAUUCAACUUGGUACGUAACAUGCUAAUUGCUGCUGUCGAAGAACGAUACCGGGAUGCAGCAUUGUGGAGGGACAAACUCACUCAACUUCGAUCCAAGAGGAACUGGGCAUGACGAGGUGAAAAUUCUUGUUCGUCUCUUGAACAUAUGGUCAUUUAUUAGGGUUACGGGUGUCAAAGUUGGAAGGCUCGUCGUGUAAAUAGGGUAAUUGUUGGUCGAUGCUUUACGAGUAAUUAUGUAACUGUAUUAUCCCUUUAAUAAGUAUGUAGAAAGCUUGUGUCUUGUAUAAUAUUUGUAUAGAUAGAAAACCUACGUCGUAUACUACAUUGUCUAAUAAUAUGUGUCGUCAACUUUCGUAUCCUUUUNCGAUAGAAAUCU